AUACUGUACACCAAAAAAAAAACACAAAACAAAACAAAAAAAAGCCUCCACCGCAGACAACCACUUGACGCGUGGAGGUGGGGAAAGGAGAAGGGGAGGAUGAAUGAUUGACGUGGUUUCCUGAGAAGCCAAGGCGAGCUAGAGCAUGCUGCUGCUGGUGGCCCCCACGAGGAGGCUGACGGGCUGCAGCGUGGACUCCCUCUAGGAUCCCUGGACUGAAACAGCAAUGUGGGGAUGUGGAGUGCUCUCAAGAAGAAAUCAGAGUGACUGGCCACUGAGAAAAGUCACAAUGAAACAAAAGGCAGCAUCUUGAGAAGUGGCACUGAACCUGCUGACAAGGUAAUUAAUUACCACUUGAAAGCUGAUAGUAGGAACUGUGUGUGAGCAUGCCUGAUGAUUUUUUGUCACGUUACGGCUUGAGCCCAUUGGCUUCCCCCAAGCACUUACACGAUCCAAGGCUAGCCCAUGCAGCGAUUCAAAUAAAUGAAAACACUUUUAAUGCACUCUCAGUUGUUCGGUGUCAUCAUCAUUUACAAAAACACAAGCCACCCAGCUAGAAAACAGAAACAGGAGGCUCAGCGUGCCAGUAAAAGUUUGAUUAGCAAAUGAGGUCCCGCUGGCUGCUUGCCCCACUGAAGGGUAUGUGAGCAACCCAGGGACCGAGAUUUGUGUUGGUUUCGGCAGCUGGCAGAAAAAGAGAAAUGCAGAGGCAGAGAUGAUGAAGCAAAAAAAGGCACAAACACGGUGACUCAGGGGAUCUGGGCCCGGUUGCCUCUGUGCUCCCUGCCUGGCAGAGGCCCUGAGCUGGUGGCAGCGGCAUCUCCUGGCCCUCAGCAGCACCUGCAGCCCCGACCCUCCUGCCCUGCACUCAGCCCUGGCACCACCCAGCCCUCACCCAGGCGCUUUUCUUUCAGAUGUUUUACUGCAAACACCUCACAAGAAAAGUGCUUCAGAAAAACCCAGCCUUGUAAAGCCCACCCACCCAGCGGCGCAAUUGGGAAAUGUUCAGCUUCUGACACUUGUCAUUUUGUCCCCCCAAAUUUUUGUUGUUCAGCUGGGUGCACGUGAGGCAGGAGUUUAUGAGGCACCUCUUACCGUAUGUGCAUAUAGGGAAUGUCCGUAUAGCAAGUGUGAGGCAUAUAAAAAAGAGGAAGCUGCAUCGUGAUGGAUCAGUUGGUCGCUCGCUGGUCUCGGGGACACGCAGUUGAAACGAUGGCCAUCUGCCUGCUUCUCUGCAGCCUCUGGAGCCUUGCCUCAGGCUCCGUGCAGGUGACGCACAUGAAGGUGCAGUCAGUCCAGGCAGGCGGGAACGUUACUUUCUCGUGCCAGCUGGCCACAAACGAGGAUGUGAUACAAGUGACCUGGCAGAAGGAGAUGGAUGGGGACGAAGGCAACAUAGCAACUUACAGUACCAUCAAUGGCCAAAAGAUAGCAAAGGACUAUGACAGCCACGUGAGCUUCGCAGACAGCGGGCUGCGGACUUCGGCCAUCUCCCUUCACAAGGUCACCCUGCAAGAUGAAGGGUGCUACAAGUGCAUCUUCAACACCUUUCCCUCGGGGGCCAUCACAGGCAGGACGUGCCUCAAGGUUUACGCCAUCUCAGAUCCCAAAGUGGAAGCCAAGUUUAUACCCAGUCCAGACAUAUCUGAAGAUUCCGAGAAAGUGGUGGGGAUGAGCUGCUCAGCAACAGGGAAGCCAGCUCCAAAAAUCUCCUGGAGCCUUCCCAGCAUCCUGCUGCAGAAACCAAGGGAAUACCAUGUCAGGCUCGGCAACCAGACCGUCACUGUCAUCAGCAACUUCACCCACACCCUCUCCAAAAUCCUCCAGGAGUACCCCAUCGCCUGCGUGAUCCAGCACCCAUCUCUGAACGUGACCCUGGCCCUGCCCAUGGACAGCCUGGCACAGGGUCAGGACAGUGCCAUGGCACUGUCUGUGGCCACCGUUGUGGGAGUGAUGGUCCCUCUGAUUUCCCUCCUUCUCCUCGCCUGCUUCCUUCGCUGCUGCCUGAGGCACCUACGUGACCCAGAGAGAAACCUGGCCCGGCCUGGCUGGGUAGGUCUUUGUUCCCUUGCCAAGGAACAGCAAAGUUCAGAUGGCAACCAUACCCUUACACCACUCUUCUGCAUCUCUUAAAACAACCCAUCUCUUAUGUAUGGCAUGGCUAAGCCAUGCCUUCAAGGAAGCGUCUUGAACAGAACAGGGGCUCUUGAGGAAGAGCGUGCCACCGUGUGGUGCUCAGGAUGGGAAACACGGCCACACAUGAGCCUGUGGGGUGCUGUGAAGGAUGCAAGUUCAAGGCAGGAGUGAACCCAGCGGGAUGCUGCAGCUUGACCAAGUCCCAGUCCUGUUUUAUGCUGAAGGCAUCUCAGCCUCCUUGCAGGAUGCAUAUGAGGUGUGCACCCUUGCUUUUAAUGCGUGUUUUGGGGAGAGAAGAAAAAAAAAGAAAAAAGGCAGUGGCAAGAACUACAGUGCAUUUCUUCCACACGUGCUAUCCCUAAAUCCAAGCUCUGCUGAGGGGGUUGUGAGAAGCAAAACUUAAGCUACCAUGCUCUAGCACCGACAGGUGCAAAACCCCAUUUGCUGAUGCAGGCAGAUCAAAUCUGCUCCCCUGAACUUAAGACAUCCAUAUAUUUUUCAAAAAGUAAGAUAAAAAAAUCUCUUCUGCUAGGUCCUUCCUGUAUGUGUCAAGGACAAGGCAUGUGGACAGUCCGUGCUUGUUGGCAAGUAGGGUGCCACCGCGCCGCCCAACAGCUGAGAUCCUGCACACCCGACACAUGGACACCUUGGACUGUCGAGUUAACCUGCUGUGAGAUCACAACCAAGGAAAUACAG